AUGUGCUACCCGAAGACAGAGGGCUGCUAUGAUCCCUAUGCAGUGAACUGUUACCUGGCAACCUGGGAAGAUCUGGGAAGGAUCUGGGAAGGAUCUGGGAAGGAUCUGGGAAGAUCUGGGAAGAUCUGUGAAGAUCUGGGAAGGAUCUGGGAAGGAUCUGGGAAGGAUCUGGGAAGAUCUGGGAAGAUCUGGGAAGAUCUGGGAAGGAUCUGGGAAGGAUCUGGGAAGAUCUGGGAAGAUCUGGGAAGGAUCUGGGAAGGAUCUGGGAAGGAUCUGGGAAGAUCUGGGAAGGAUCUGGGAAGAUCUGGGAAGAUCUGGGAAGGAUCUGGGAAGGAUCUGGGAAGGGUCUGGGAAGGAUCUGGGAAGGGUCUGGGAAGGUUCUGGGAAGGAUCUGGGAAGAUCUGGGAAGGAUCUGGGAAGAUCUGGGAAGAUCUGGGAAGGAUCUGGGAAGAUCUGGGAAGGAUCUGGGAAGGAUCUGGAAGGAUCUGGGAAGGAUCUGGGAGGAUCUGGGAAGGAUCUGGGAAGGAUCUGGGAAGGAUCUGGGAAGGAUCUGGGAAGAUCUCUGGGAAUGAUCUCUGGGAAGGAUCUGGGAAGGAUCUGGGAAGAUCUGGGAAGGAUCUGGGAAGGAUCUGGGAAGGAUCUGGGAAGGAUCUGGGAAGGAUCUGGGAAGAUCUGGGAAGAUCUGGGAAGGAUCUGGGAAGAUCUGGGAAGGAUCUGGGAAGGAUCUGGGAAGGAUCUGGGAAGGAUCUGGGAAGGAUCUGGGAAGAUCUGGGAAGAUCUGGGAAGAUCUGGGAAGGAUCUGGGAAGGAUCUGGGAAGAUCUGGGAAGGAUCUGGGAAGAUCUGGGAAGAUCUGGGAAGGAUCUGGGAAGAUCUGGGAAGGAUCUGGGAAGGAUCUGGGAAGAUCUGGGAAGGAUCUGGGAAGAUCUGGGAAGGAUCUGGGAAGAUCUGGGAAGGAUCUGGGAAGAUCUGGGAAGAUCUGGGAAGGAUCUGGGAAGGAUCUGGGAAGAUCUGGGAAGGAUCUGGGAAGAUCUGGGAGGAUCUGGGAAGAUCUGGGAGGAUCUGGGAAGGAUCUGGGAAGGAUCUGGGAAGAUCUGGGAAGAUCUGGGAAGGAUCUGGGAAGGAUCUGGGAAGGAUCUGGGAAGGAUCUGGGAAAGAUCUGGGAAGGAUCUGGGAGGAUCUGGGAAGGAUCUGGGAAGGAAUACGUCUGCAAGGACGAUUGGUCAGCCUAUUGCUGGGACAAGUCUUGGGGCAGUUGCCCGGUCACCUGCAGCUAUGAAGAAACAUAUUGCUAUUCCUAUGUCUAUGAUUCUACAGGAGAAGUGAACUGGACGGCUCCCCAGACCCAGUUCUGUGCCAACGCCACCACCGGUUGCCCUUGCGAUGCUCAGUGGGAGGACAAGUGCACUGACUCCUGGGGCUACAGCUGGUGCACUCCCAAGACUUUCCCGUGCCCAAUCACCUGCGCUAUGGAUGAGCAGAUCUGCUACCACGUCACGUACCUGGACAGUGGUGAACCUGAUUGGUCAGUCCCUAGUGAACAGACUCUUGGCGACGGAGAGGAGCUGCGCUCCUUGGAAUGGCAGCUGCCCAUGCCACCCCACUUUCGAGGACGCCGGUCUGCCCUGGGGGAUCCCCAGUCGUCACCACGGGGGAAGCUGAGUCGCUCGAAAUGGCACCUGCAGGAGCAAUGCAACACCAGCUGGGGCUAUUCCUACUGCCAGACAAAGCAUGGUGGCUAUACCUGUCCAAUAUCCUGCAAGGACAACGAGCACUACUGCACCACGAUUCCCUACGAUGAAUUUGGCAACGAGAACUAUUCCGCACCCUGGCAGGAGAGCUGCGCAGAUCCGGAAGUCGGGUGCCCUUGUGAUGCCACCUGGGAGCACAAGUGCACCGGCUGCUCCGCCCGAAUCACUGCAGGCUAUUCCUGGUGUCAGAGCAAGUUCGACAGUUGCCCAGUGGACUGCGGCACAGCAGUGACAUGCUGGCACUACAGUGGCAACAUGAGCUGUGCCACUGACAGCGGCUGCACCUGUGAAUCGGAUGAGCUCGCCUGUACGGAUUCUGCAGGAAAGACUGAGUGCUAUGCGAAGGAAUGGUACGGAGAAUCCUGUCCUUUGACAUGCAACUACGACACCGAGAACUGGUGCUAUCAAGUAGGAUUCGAUUCCCAGGGCUUCAUGACAUGGACCGAGUACUGCUACACCAAGACAAGUGCCGAUGAUUGGUAUUGCCCUGUGAUUUGCAACAGCGACACGGCCAAGACCUGCGGCUCGGGAGAUUUCGCGGAAUGCGUCCCAUUGACCGACGACUGCCCAGAGAUUUGCACCUCGGAGCAGCAGACCUGCUGGGUGGCCAACUAUGACGCCUCAGGCGGAGCGGAGCUGGCUGCGGAGCUGGCUGCGGAGCUGGGUGGUUUCUACUUGAAUGGCACUGACAAGUGUUGGCCAAAGGAUGAGGAUUGCCCAUGUGGUGCGAACACUGAACUGUGUAUCUUGGCGACCCGUUGCAUCGGCUCUUGGGUCGGAGGCACCUUUGAUGGCUGGUCGUAUUGCGAGGCAACCUAUUAUGGUUGCCCACUGGUUUGCGCAGCGGACGAGAAGUACUGCUACCCGAUGUCCUUCACGCCUGAAGGCUGGCAGAGUGAUUGGAUGGCGCCCGUCCAAGAAUCUUGUGCCAAGUUGAAUGCCACCUGCCCAUGUGGUGCAAACGCCAAGCCAUGCAAGUGGACAGAUGAUUGGGGCUAUGAAGAGGAGUGGUGCUUUGCAGAGGUGGAGUCAUGUCCGGUCACAUGCUCUUCAGAGCAGCAGAGGUGCUACCAGACCGACUACAACGCUUCUGGAUACCCAGAGAAAUUCUCCGAAAGCUGCGUCUCAGAGACCCGGUCGUGCCCGUGCGGAACCAAUUCCCAAGAAUGUUACGAUCCAAUCUUUGAAGAGACCUACUGCUAUCCUUUGGCGGACUUCUGGUUGAACGAACCGAUCAGCUGCCCCUUGUACUGUGCUGACGACGAAGACUACUGCUACAUUCCUAGCUACGAUGCCAAGGGCAAUUGGAUCAGAACAACGGAGGAAUGUGUUCCGAGGGGCCAGGCCUGCGACUGCACAAAGGGACAAAACGCAUUCUCGUGCACCUGGACUGAUCCGCUGUGGGGAUCCUGGACGGAAUGUCUGCCAACCCACAACGGAUAUUGCCCAACGGAUUGCCCAGCUGGAGAAGUGGCCUGCGACUUGGUGGAAGACUACCUGCCCAACGGCACCUCCUUGGGAUGGGUUCAGCCUUCCGUGAAAUGCGCUGCAAGCCACGAUCAAUGCCCCUGCGGCAAAGAGGCUUCGCGCUGUCCAAAGGAGGGCUGCAUCUUCAAGGACGAAGGAUGCGCCGUUGAGUGUGGUCCAAACGAGAAGAAGUGCUACCUGACGGACUACACUGCCGAUGGCUCAUUCAUCAGCGAUCAAGAACAAUGCGUGCCAGAUGGGGACACAUGCCCCUGCGGUAAGAACACAGCCAAGUGUGCCAACAGCGACUUGUGCUUGCUAGCGGCCGAAAAGGAGUUGGUCUGUCCUUGCAAGGCUGCCGAGACGGAGUGCCUGGUGACGGACUACAACAAGGAUGGCGAGCCGACGGGCUUCUCCACCCAGUGCGUAAAGGAGGGCACCGCCUGUCCCUGUGGCAAGAACACCAUCAGCUGCCCUGAUCCCAACGAUGCCUUGGCAAAGAUCUGUGUUGCCAGCAACAUGCACAAGCGCUGCCCGGCGCCUUGUACCGCUGAUGCCAUCCUGGCAGGUAACAAGAGUUGCGUGCUGACUAAUCUGGACGACAAGGGAGAGUUCAAAUCUGAAACUAUCAAAUGCAUCGGUGCAAACGAGACCUGUGGCAUUGGCGAGGGAAUGAAACGCUGCCCAUCGGGAGCGAGUAUUGCGCUUGAUACGACAUGUGUCAAUUUGUAUACCACUGGUGGCGGCAAUCGUCGACUGAGCACCAGUAGUGCCCAGCGGGAAACCUGCAAUGCCAUCAUCACCAUGUCAAGUUUGCGACCAGAUGCCAAAUCCAAGGCAGAGACGGUUCGAGUGAAGAUGAACAGUGUACCGUUUGGGUCGGGGCUGGGACUCGUGCCAUUCUUGUUGAAAUGGGAGGAAUAG